GUGAAUCGGCCGCACUGUUCUCCAAACUGCGAAGCUUCUCCAUCGGCAGUGGCCCGAAUUCGCCACAGCGCGUAGUCUCGAACUUACGCGGUUAUCUAACGCAUCGCCUCAGUAAUAUCACACCGAGCGAUACAGGAUGGCGCGAUUCGCUGCUCUCUAUACCGAAAAAAUGGCUUUCCACUGCAGAGUCGGUCGACGAAUUUGGCUUUCCCUGCGCACUACCAAAAGUACCAGUCCCACCGUUGGAGGAGACCAUGGCUAAUUAUAUACUUGCCAUAGAAGCUUUCACGACACCGGCAAAACUCGAAUGCACGAAACUUUUGAUUAAAAAAUUUAUGGGUCCAGAUGGUAUUGGACAAAAAUGUCAUCAAUAUUUAAUGGACAAGCGUGAAGCUGAGGAUAAUUGGGCUUACAAUUAUUGGCUAAAUGACAUGUACAUGGAUGUUCGUUUGCCUCUGCCAAUCAACUCAAAUCCCGGCAUGCCAAUGCCACCCGUACGUUUUACAACGGUGCACGACGUGGCACGCUUUGCAGCACUCCUAUUGAGCGGCAUUAUGAAGCAUAAGGAACUACUGGACAGCGGCAAUUUACCCAUCGACCGUGCGGGUUCUCGAGAGAAGAAUCAACCACUAUGCAUGGCACAAUACUACCGACCGCUGGGUUCAUGCCGCCGACCUGGUUUGGAAAGGGACACACAGUACUUAGCAGAGCGCGGCGAGAAAAGCGACGAACAUGUGAUUGUGGUGUGUCGCAACCAGAUGUAUUGUGUUAACUUGAAAACCAGUAGUCGCGGCCGAAUAUCGGAGACUGAAAUCGCUUCAAAUAUCUUGUACGUACUCAGCGAUGCACCCUGUUUGCCAACUAAACCACCAAUGGUGGGCUUACUUACUGCCGAGGAGCGCACACGUUGGGCCACAAAUCGUAACUUACUGCUGGAGAACGAAGUCAAUCAGAAUAGUAUUUUGUUGAUUGAGAAAGCUCUCUGUAUGCUAUGUAUCGACGAACCGCUACCGAAUACUUUCAAUGCUUACACGUUCACUGGCGCCACGCCAACAGGUUAUAUGGUGGGUAAUCGUGAUGAUACGAAUAUGUUGCACGAAAUGAUACAUGGCGGCGGUAGCAAUUACAAUUCGGCUAACCGUUGGUUCGACAAAGUCCUACAAAUAAUUAUCUGCACCGACGGUACUUGGGGUAUUAACUACGAGCAUUCCUUUUCCGAGGGCGAUGCCAUUGUUAAUGUCAUAGAGAAAAUCUAUAAAAAUUUGGAGGAAAAGCAAUCAGCAUGCAAUAGUGUACCGUCGGACCCGACACCCGAACGCAUACCGUGGGUCAUAACACCGCAAGUGGAUGAACGUAUUAAGCAGGCCGCUGUUGCAGUGGACAAGGCAAUUGGAGACUUCGAUUUGUAUGUGUACCGUUACAAAGGUUAUGGCAAAAAUUUCAUCAAGCAAUGCAAGUGCAGUCCCGAUGCCUUCUUGCAGCUGAUGCUACAGUUAUCCUAUUUCAAAUUGUAUGGUCAUUUUGUAGCCACUUACGAGAGUGCUUCCACUAGGCGAUUCUUGUUGGGUCGAGUCGACUGCAUACGAGCUUCCCACAAAGAGGCACUGGAAUGGGCCACAGCCAUGUGCCAGGGCGAAGGCGCUAAUGUGCCCUUGGAAAGUGAGGGCGAGGACGACGAUGCGCGUAAAGUCAAAUUCAGCAUUUAUAAUAAAGAUAAGCUCAAGGAACUUUUCCGCAUUGCCUGCAAUCGUCAAACUGAAAUUAUGGUUCAAAAUAUACUAGGGCAUGGCAUUGAUAUACCAUUGCUGGGCUUACGUGAGGCCAGUAAGGAAUUCAACAACGGUCAGGUCCACGAACUUUUCAACCAUGAAACGUUUCAAACUGCCAAUAUUUUCUUGUUGAGCACAAGUCAAGUGGCUACAAAAUCCGACGCUUUCAUGGGUUAUGGCGCAGUAACGCCACGUGGCUAUGGCUGCUCCUACAAUCCACAUGCCGAUGAUAUUACAUUUUGUAUAUCGGCAUUUUAUUCCUGUGAGGAUACAAGCACCACGCGCUUCGCCAAGUCGCUGAAGGAAUCGCUGGACAUGAUGAAGGAUCUCAUGAAAGAUGAAACGGACCAAACGAAAUGAGGCAUAAGCGACAAAGAGUCGUGCCAACAACAUUUUGCGGGUGGUUUGUUGGUAACGAGCUAAUACAUAAGAACAACCGUUAAAUAGCAAAUAGCAAGCAACAAAGUAACAAAUAUACUUAUACAUAUCAGCAAGCGUACCUUAACAUUGUAAUGAACUGCGUUGAAAUUAGUUAAAUGUACACAGAUUAUACCUAAAUACAAUGUGUUAUAUAUAUAUAUAUACAUAAACACAUAUAUAAUAUACAUCUAUAUGUAUGUAUGUACUAGAGAAAUUUAUGAAACUGUUGAAAAUCUUAUUGUUAGUUGAAAAAUAUAAAGAUUAUACAUACAUAUAUACUAUAUCUAUCGUAGGGCAGAGUGAGAACAAGCAAAUCUCAAUUACAUGUGUAUGUGUAUGCACAAGUAAUAACUAUUUUCGUUGAAGAAAAAUUAGCAGCAAAUGAUUGCCUUUAAAAACAUUUGCAAAUUAAAAGGGACACCACCAUUAAAUAAAAAAAAUAAAUUAAAUAUACCUAUAUAUGGUUAAUUGGCAUAUAGAUCGACAUUUAUAUAAGCAUAUUAUUGCUGAGUAUAAAAAGAAAUGGUUUUCACCAACUCAGUGGCAUGUUACAUAACUCAUUUACCAGGAAACUCAAUGACUAAAUAAUACUCAGAGCAUUAAAGCAGCGGUUCUAGCAAAAUAUACUAAACAUAUACAUACAUAUAAAUUCAUACAUACAAAUUAAUACACCACAAGUAGUUGUGCCGUUAUUCACCAAAGUAGAAAAAUCAAUUUCAACAGCACUCGUCGCCAGGAAUAAAGGAAUGCCCAACUUAUUCCAGUGUGAGAGCGCUUCCAAAUUAGCGAUUUUUACUUUAUUUUCAUUUCCCAGUAUAGCCAGAUAGGAAAGAAUAGGUAAUAAUUUUUUAGAUACAUAAAUUAAAAUACUUAAACUUUAUUACGAUUAAAAAUUAUUAUAUACAAAUCCCUCCGUUUCCAUAUAUUUUUGGUGGAAUUUCAAUCUGACCGUUCCAGUUGAUCCAAUUGCCAAACGACAAAACCUUCCCGAUCCAGUCAACUGUCAAAGAUGGUUAGAUGAGUUGCUCUCUCAUUUCAAAUGACAGGAGAGUUGACAUCUCUUUAUCUCUGACAACAACCGGUGUAUUUAACGUGGGUACCUGCUGACGACAGCCUUACUGCACGGUACUCAAAAGUACAACAGAUCAAAUCAAUGCGUUGAUCAGCGCCCUGAAAAUGCCAGACAUUUCCAGUACCAAUUGACAGUUUGGAAUGGACACACUAACCACAUUGGUCGGGUUCGAGGUCCAUCUAAAACCUCUGCCGUGCUUUGGGUCCAGCAUCCGGUUGCAAUGCAACUCCACAUCGAACUGACAAAAUGUCAAAUCUACCCACAUUUGAGUAUAAACCACAACCACCACAAUACUCCCCGAAGGCCCAGUCAGCAUGAGCAGGUUGGAGUUACCUCCAAGGGCUCCUGCUCCCCAUGGUACCAGAAUUAAGUCUCCGGUCAGACCUCGUAGCCGAAACUACUACCAGUUGAGUUUCCAUACUGCUCCUGACUGGUAACAUACAAAGAGUUUAGGUAAUGUGGUGUACGUCUUUAUUACUACAAUCCACAGAUAACCAAAUCUUGUAUUCAUGAAUUUAGCUACUGGACAGUGAACAAAUUUCCAAAAAAAAAAAAAAAAUAACGCUCAAAAUGCAAUGUUUUCGAUUUUCCAAAUUCAUUACAAUACAAUAUAUUAUGAACAACUUUAUACCUUAAGGAUAUAUGUAAAUAAAAACAUUUUCCGAAAACAUAAAUUUCCAGGUUAGAGCAAAAAAAAUUUGUUCGACGAAAACUUCGACAAGCUUUUUUAUCUCACUUAGCAAUCGCCGAUUGUACUAAUACCGAAAUCAUACGACCCCAAAGCUCUGAAAGCCAUUCCGGCCGUUUUUGACGUAUGUUUUCGCGCAAACGCUCCAUUACGGCUAAAUAGAACUCCUUAUUGGCCGCCUGUCGCUCUGGAACAAAUUCAUGAUGCACCAAACCACAAAUAUCGAAAAAAAUAAUGAGCGUCGUUUUUCCUUCCAUUCCCACGAUUAUUGACUGGUAUGGAUGUCAAACUCAUAAAUCCAUGUCCCAUCGGCAGUUAUAAUGCGAGUCCAUGUUUGUGGGAUCGGAAUAAGCACGGUCAAGCACGUCCAAAGAGACCUGUUUGUGGUACUCAUUUUGAAGAUUGGGCUUUAUCGAGACGAGUUGAACAAGAAUACCCAAAAUAUCCACCAAAAUCACUCGAACGGACUCGCGAGAGAUGUCGAGCUCUCUUACCAUCUAUCUACCUCUUGUCUGACGAUUUUCAAGCACCAUAUUCUUCACUUUUUUAAUAUUUUCAUCAGUUGAAGAUGUCGAAGGUCGUCUAGAACGAGGCAUGUCUUCACCGAUUUCUCGACUGUCUUUGAAGGCUUUGCACCACUCGUGUGUUUGAUGAAACUGAAACUCCGUAAGCAUUUUCGCAUCGCAACGAUUCCGAAUAUAAAAUUCGGUCAGAAACACAAAAUUUGAGAAAAAUUUUUGUACGAUAUUUUUUUCCAAUAUAAUGCUCCAAUGGAAACAACACUUGAGAAAAUCAAGGCAAAAGUAGCAUGAGUACAAAUAUUGUUGCAAUUCUCAUCCAUACCCUUGUUACCCAUGUUAUUGAAUAACUUCUUUCUUUUUACUUGACUCUUUGUUGCAAAUGUAAUUUCUGGGAAAGAAAAUGCGUCUGAGUCAUCACUGUUAUCUAAGUUUAUAUCAGGCAGCACAUACAAGUACAUAUAUGUAUGUAUAUAUUUCCAUACGUUCUACCAAAAGUAAAAAAUAAUUAUAUGGAGCAGUUGGAACAUAUAUUAAAGGAAAUGACGUUAUCUGUCAACAAAAGUAGAAAGCAUAUACUACUAACCUAGAGUCAAUUAAUCGUACAAGUAAAAAAUAUAUAAUUAUAUUUGUACACAUACAUAUGUACAUACCUAACAAAGCAGAUGUUUUUAAACUAUGUAUUUGGCACAAAUUGGUUGAUUAGCACAAAUGUGCAUAUUUACUUGUGUGUUAUAUAAUAUGUAGUGUAUAAAUGAAAUUAGAAGAAUCGAAAACCGAAGCAUCAGUAUUAUUUUAAUAUGGGCAGAUGAAGACAAAGGCUAAGAGAGUACUUAGAGCGGUUCAGUAUCAUAAAGGUUUUAAAAUACUACCAUAUAUGAGCUGAGAAGCCUUAGUUUUAACAAUUUCGGCUGGUAUUCCAGUUAAGUUUAGUACUCUUACACCAGAAUAGAGUCCUUAAAAAAGCGACAAGAAUGUUCCGCCCACAUAGUAAGUGCUUCAACUUUUACUAAAAAGAACGUAUUAAUUAUAUUAUAUGAAUAUUUCUUUUUAAGUUAAGAAAACAAAGAAAGCUAUUCAAUUUCUUGGAAUUUUUUUACAAUUAAAUUGCACCCUUUCCUCUCUAAAUACAUAAUAAGUUUCCAAUGCUGGUAGAAUAGUAUUGGGCUUCUCAAAUUUCAAAAUUAUUCUAGAGUAGGGUAUUUUAUUGACAUCCAUGCUGAACGCUUGCUAAGAUAAGAGCCUAAAAGCAUACUACACCAAAGAUUUUCUGCUUCGUUAUCGUUUAUCGCAUACAUACCCUGCAGGAAAAAACGACUAAUUUGGGUAGAUUUGAAGUUCAGAAUUACUACUAUAUACUAAUGUAUAUAUGUACAGUAAUUUCUCUGAUCCACUCAUUAAAUAUUUAUUUCCAUUACAUUUCUAUGAUAUUCAAUUAACACCACAGGCAAAUAUAAAUUCCCUGCAUUAAGUUUAAGUUACUUCGUAGCUUUAGACAUUUGUGUAUGUGACAUGCCGACUACUAGCGUAUGUACAUAAGAACAUCGGUAUAUACUAUAUACAUAUAUAUACAUAUCCAAAUUGUUAUAGACUUGAAAUGAACCAAUACAUAUCAGCAUACAAUUAUGCAUGCAGUAUACAAUAUACUAAUACAUUUAUAUAUGUAAAAUAUAGUAAAAUAUAAUAUAAAAAAGAAGCUUUUAGAAUAUGCAGCGAAAAAAUGAUUUAAAGCAAAAAUGUGUUUAUGCAUUUAGCAGUUAUAUUGGUAGAUUGUUGUAAUGUGUAUGUAGUUGAUGAACUUAAAAAUUGUUGAAUUUGAAAACUAUAAAGAAUAUAAUAUUGUAAUAUGGAAAGUUUAUGUUAAAAUGCGUAUACGUAUUGCUGUUGUUGCUGAAAAUUAUAUAAAUUUUAUUGUUAUACAUGGUUCAUCUAUGGACACUACAUAUACAUAUGCGUGUGUAUGUGUAUUUAUUUAUAUUUUUGCAAAGCAUAAGCAAUUUUAUAUGUGAGCUUGUAAUAACCCUGCAGUAAAAAGAGACAAACAGGAAAGCCUUCAGGUGGGAGUAAGUGAUGAUUAAAGAUUGACUUACUUAGUUGCUUAUUGACUAAUCAUUUAUGUUAAUUCCUUUAUAAAAUCGCUGAAAGCGAUCUUGUUAUUUGAAAUUCAAAAAUCAUAUAGACACUCGAUAGAAUGCUGGGGCUAACAGAUCGAAAACUCUGCAGGAAAGGUCUAGAGCAAGGCACCAGAGAAACAAUGGAGCAUAUCUUGUGCAAUUGUCCCGCAUUGGCCAAACUACCCUGUAAGCAUCUGGGGUGUCCAGGGUAUGAUACCCUAGAAGAGGUACUGAUAAUGAGGUCAGAGAAACUGUUGAAUUUCGCGUUAAACGCAGGCAUCCUAAAGCAUGACUAGUUCUCAUUGACUGAGUAACUGAACUCUAUCUGGUUUCGCAAAGGACCAAAACUGGUUAUGCGUGGCUCAUUGGUUUACCAGACUAACCGAACCUAACCAUACAUAUAGCUGACAUACAAACGGACCGUUCAAAUCAAUUUCUUGUAUAGAAACCCAGAAACGAUAUAUUGGUAUGAAAAAUUGUCUAACGCGAAGAAACUUUUCAGAUCGGAUUAUAUAAACUAUAGCAUAUAGCUGCCAUACAAAUUAACUGUUCAAAUCAAGUUCUUAUAUGGAAUAUUUUUUUACUCUUAAAGUUGAGACAACUGACUCCGAGUUUCACCAAUAAAUUUUAAUAAUUUCGACUAGUUGUGGGAUCGUAUAUCUUUCCAUGAUGAAAUAGCAAAUCUAACUGAAUAGAAAUGUCAAUAGAGCAAGAAAGAAUAUAGCGUACUUUUGUAGCGUCUCUAUUGAAAACCCCGCUAUUUGUUGAGAUUAUUGUUCUAGCUUCGGUGCAUUCGAAGUUAACGUUUUUUCUCUUUUCUUGUUAGCUCCAUACAUUAUCCUUUAUAAACUAUAAUUUCGUUAAAUGAUAAAUAGAUAUAUAGAAAAUAAUUGAGGUUUUACACUGCGGCCAAUGGUCCAUUGUGCCCUCUCCUAUAUCACAUAUGAUCAAAAAGGUCCAGCAGUUUGAAUAAUUUCAGGAGCUUGCUGGCUCGAUGGAAAUGAUGUGAUUCCUGUCCACGCAGAUGGAUUCAAGCUCACCUGCUUCUACAAAUUGCUUAAAUCUUGAAUCAAUCAAUCAAGAAACUAUGACCAUGUUGGACAAGUGUUUCUUGAGUCUGCAGUGCCCAGUAUAGAAGUUACGCUUAUGGGAUGCAAUUUUUAGAAAAACUCACGCAGCAAAUUUCAAGAAAAUAGCUUUAUAUCGGUAUUACAAAAACUGCGGUUAUCAAGCACAUUUUAAUUUAUAUGCAUAUUUAUUUAUACAUUACAUGCGAUUAAGUAUUCGCAUGACAUAAAAUAUAGUUUAUAUAGAAAAUACAUAAAAAUAUAUAAUUAUAAUUAUAUACUUUGAGUAUAACAAUUAUAAUAAAUAUAUACAUACAAGCAAUACAAUAAAUCAUAUAAAUGCCAAUUUAUUUACAUAUGUACAUGUGUACCAUAUGUAUGCGUAUGUGUAGAAAAAGUGAAAAAUCUAGUAAAGGACUAAACGAACUUCUUUGUUAUUGUGUUCAUUGUUACUGCUUUACUUAGUAAAAAUUGUGAAAAACUAAUCGAAACUAUUACUAACUGUGCUAAAUUAUUGAGUUAAUUUGUUAAGCGUUGAAUGUUUAAAUGUACUAAAAAUUAAUAUUGUUUCUAAAUUAUUAAAUGCGCGUGCAAGGCACCCCAUUCUAUCAAACAAAAUUUAUGGCAAUGGUCUUAUUAUGUCCUAUCCUGUAGCAAACAUUUCCAGUUGAUUUGUUAUGUUUCACUCAAAUUUACUUAUAUAAAUACAUAUUUACAUAUAUGAAUGUGUUUUGUGUAACCUAAAUAAAAUAUAUAUCUACAAAACAGUAA